AUGGCAGAGGCUGAUCCGUGUGGUGCUCUGCUGGAUUGGGAUGAAGGCCACGCUGGUCCUUCUUGGUUUGGCAUGCAGUGCUCGGAUGAUGGGUGGGUCAUAGGCCUGAACUUGUCAAAUCUUGGUCUGAAGGGAAUGUUAUCUCCUAAGAUUGGACAGCUUUUUAAUAUGCAUUUUCUUGUACUGCACAAGAACUUAUUCUAUGGUAUUAUCCCUAGAGAGAUGGGAGAUUUACGAGAGCUGACGGUGUUGGAUUUGGGGCACAAUAACUUCAAUGGAUCAAUUCCAUUAGAGCUAAUAAACAUUUUAUCCCUGGAAUUUAACUUUCUUAAAGGAAACAUACUUUAUGGUGAUUUACCUCUUGAACUAAAUGAGCUCAUCAGUCUGUGUGAGUCUCAGGUUCGCCAUGGCAGGUCUUUCUCAAAUAGGAUGCACACUGCAAGGUUUGUCUAA